CAUGAGCCAAACACUCUCUCCUCCUGUCACAUCUUAACCUCUGUGAGUGGGUGUGGACCACCGCUGACCGCUGCAGAAACAGAAAGGGAGUGUUCAGAAUCAGCAGCAGGAUUUUAAACUCCAUAUUUCAAUUUGUUUGUAAAGAAGGAGCGGCAGUGUUGGUGGUAGAAUUAUCCGAAGCUAUUGCUGUAAUUAUUCGACUUCUGUAAACACCCGAACUGCACUUUUACAUGACGUUUCGAGACGACCUCACCAUGGUGCAUAAAUAUGACACCGAGCGAGCUGUGGGGCUGCUCAGACGAUAUCAAGCCAACCUGACCAGUCCGGAGGAGCAGGCACUGAAGACCAGCGUUGGCAAAGUGUCCUCCAUCUUGGGCAGCCAGCUGUUCCAAGCCCUUCUUGAUAUUCAAGAGUGUUACGAGGUGACCUUGCAACUGAACAAGGAACAAACUGUUGUGAAAGAAGUCGGCAGGCAGGAUGCGUGGGAGGACCAAGAAGAGAAGGAGAAUGAGAGGGAAGGUGUGUCUCUGGUGCGAGUGACCAGCAGGAGGAGCCCCCACAAAGUGGAGCGAGUUUCCGGAUUGGUGGUUCAUUCCCAUGUUGACAUCCCAAAUGCCAACCCUCCCCCCAUCAUCGUCAACGCAGACUCACUAGAUGCAGGCCCUUAUGUAAAUGGCAGUGAUGGGAUGUACAAAUAUGAAGAGAUCAUUUUGGAGAGGGGGAACUCUGGCCUGGGCUUCAGCAUCGCUGGAGGAAUAGACAAUCCCCACAUUCCUGAUGAUCCGGGGAUCUUCAUCACCAAGAUCAUCCCUGGAGGAGCAGCUGCUAUGGAUGGAAGGCUUGGGGUGAAUGACUGCGUACUGCGGGUGAACGAUGUUGAUGUGUCUGAGGUGGUGCACAGCCGGGCGGUUGAAGCGCUGAAAGAGGCGGGGCCAGUGGUGCGGCUGCUGGUGCGUCGGAGGCAGGCCCCACCUGAGACAAUCCUGGAGGUUAACCUGCUGAAAGGGCCUAAAGGGCUUGGGUUCAGCAUUGCCGGAGGGAUUGGAAACCAGCACAUCCCAGGAGACAACAGCAUCUAUAUAACAAAGAUCAUAGAAGGUGGAGCUGCCCAAAAAGACGGACGCCUGCAGACUGGAGACCGCCUGCUAGCUGUGAACAACAUCGUGCUGCAGGACGUGCGUCAUGAGGAGGCAGUGGCCGCGCUGAAGAACACCUCGGAUAUGGUUUACUUAAAGGUGGCCAAACCAGGACCAGUGCAUCUCAACGACAUGUACGCCCCGCCAGACUACUCCAGCACCUUCCCAACCAUGGUAGACAACCACGUCAGCCACAACUACAUGGGGGCAAUGGAGCCUAAACCCGUAUACCCGCCGCCCCAGGUCACCCCGUCCAGGUAUUCGCCAGUCCCCCGCCACAUGCUGGGAGAGGAAGACUUCACAAGCAGAGCUGAGCCUAUUUACAGUGUCAUCAACAAACCUGGGGACAGCAAGGGGCCCCAGGCCCUCUACAGAGGCUUCUGUCCUUCCCCUGCUCCCUUGUGCCAAGGUCCUCUCCCCUUCUCUGGCAGGGAGCCGAGGAAGGUGUUGCUGCACAAGGGCUCCACAGGCCUAGGCUUCAACAUUGUUGGCGGAGAGGACGGAGAAGGCAUCUUCGUAUCCUUCAUCCUGGCUGGAGGGCCAGCUGACCUGAGCGGCGAGUUGAGGAGGGGCGACAGAAUUCUUUCGGUGAAUGGAGUGAACCUAAGGAAUGCCACACAUGAGCAAGCGGCUGCAGCACUGAAGAGAGCUGGACAGACUGUCACCAUCAUCGCUCAGUACAGGCCUGAAGAGUACAGUCGCUUUGAGUCCAAGAUCCACGACCUGAGGGAGCAGAUGAUGAACAGCAGCAUGAGCUCAGGAUCAGGCUCCCUGCGCACCAGUGAGAAACGCUCCCUCUACGUCAGAGCUUUGUUUGACUAUGAUCGAACGAGGGACAGCUGCCUUCCCAGCCAAGGCCUGAGCUUCUCUUACGGUGAUAUCCUCCAUGUCAUAAAUGCUUCUGACGACGAGUGGUGGCAGGCGAGGCUGGUCACACCACACGGAGAGAGCGAGCAGAUCGGUGUCAUUCCAAGCAAGAAAAGAGUGGAGAAGAAGGAGAGGGCCAGGUUAAAAACAGUCAAGUUCCAAGCCAGGACAGGCAUGAUUGAGUCUAACAGGCAAGUCAAAGUAAAGCGCAAAAAAAGCUUCAACCUCUCACGCAAGUUCCCAUUUUACAAGAGCAAGGAGAAUAUUGUGCAGGAGUUGGUGGAGUCUGAACAAUGCCUGACAUCCAACACAAGUGACAGUGAAAGCAGUUCGAAGGGACAAGAGGACACGAUUCUUUCCUAUGAGCCGGUCAUUCGACAGGAAAUCCACUACACGAGGCCUGUGAUCAUAUUAGGCCCAAUGAAGGACAGAGUAAAUGAUGACCUCAUCUCUGAGUUCCCCCACAAGUUUGGCUCCUGCGUACCCCAUACAACACGUCCGAGGCGAGAAAACGAAAUGGACGGCCAGGACUACCACUUUGUGGGCUCAAGGGAGCAAAUGGAGAAAGACAUUCAGGAUAAUAAAUUUAUUGAGGCAGGGCAGUUCAACGAGAACCUGUAUGGGACGAGCAUCUUGUCCGUCAGAACUGUGGCUGAAAGGGGGAAACACUGCAUUCUUGAUGUGUCUGGAAAUGCCAUAAAACGACUGCAGCAAGCACAACUAUAUCCGAUUGCCAUCUUUAUUAAACCAAAAUCCAUUGAAGCCCUAAUGGAAAUGAAUAAGAGGCAGACGUACGAGCAGGCCACUAAAGUCUUUGACAAGGCAGUGAAGCUGGAGCAAGACUUUGGAGAGUUUUUCACAGCGAUCGUACAGGGUGACUCACUAGAGGAGAUCUACAACAAAAUCAAGCUAAUCAUCGAGGAGCAGUCUGGUCCCUACAUCUGGAUCCCCUCCUCUGAGAAGCUCUGAGCUCCCUGCCGUCCUCUCUGCAUCAGUGCAGAGCUCCCCUCCUGCCUCCCAGAGACCCCACCUAAGCCCAAAAUAGCCCCCCUCUUCACCUCCUUUUUGCAGAUAUGUUUCAUAUCAAGUUUUAGUGUCAUCAUUAUGUUACUCUCUAAAUGAAAAAGAAGUCUUAUCACCAUUACUGUGACUGUGCACACCCCUGCAUGAGUUUCUCAACAAAUCCAUUCAAGACUGGAAAUGCCAUUCCAAAGGAAUUUGUCAAAUGAAAACAAAAGGGAAGAGGAACAAAUCCUUUUGUGAACUGGGACUGACUGAAGAUCAGAAUGUUUUACUGAAAUCUGGAGCGAGGAGACGGGAUUCAAAAAGAAGUUGCAGGGAUACAAGAGACAAAUCAUACCAAGUUGGAACACUUUGUAAAUGUUCAUCAAGUCACAUUUGAAAAGACACGCAAGAUGAGAAGUGAAGACCAAUUGAGGUUUUUGUUUUUUCUUUUCUAAAAAGACUGGAUAAAAUCGAGCCCUGCUGAUGGUACUGUCAAAGAGUCAUCUCUCUUGUUUAUAAUGACUGAGGAAAUUAGUGGAGCCUACAAACUGGUGAUCUAUUUAUCACAAACCAGCUUGCUGUUUGGUCGUCUGCCAGUUGUCUGUGCUGCAGCUGAUAAAGACAUCUUGGGAGGCGGAUCAAGAGGAAGAAAUGCGUUGUGAAUCUCUACAUUUAUAUUAUGAAAUCACAAGAUAAAUGAUAAAAUCCCACUGAGAUUUUACUACAUAUUAAAAACUACACAUUUUACACUUCACUAGAAUUGUCAAUUUGGAGGGCUGUUAGAUUACAUUUGAGUUUUCUUUUUGUUUCGUUUCUUUUCUUUAUUUCUUUGUGGGAUUUUUUGCUUGUGGUUUUUAGCUGCUCUGUGUAAUGGAUGGGGGUAGAGAAGUGUAACUGGGCUCUCUGCAAAACACCAAACUGCCUUACAUCAAAUACAAAUUCUGUUUUGUGACUACCUGUUGUCUGUUAGGGAGGCUGCACACAAUUGACGAGGAAAAGAGAGGAAACAUUCUAAUCUUUUCUUACUUUUUUUGUGUCCUCCAAACUGCCAGGGGGCCUGACUUGAGUGCAAUAGAUAAAACAGAGUCUCACCUCUGUGGGCGCCUUUUAUUCCCCUGUAUUUCCACCUUCCUCCCCAAAUUAGGCCAUUGGAUCACAAUUUGGACAGCCAGAGCCUCCUAACUCAUGUUGAGCAGCAGACCACCCUAUUACACUCUCUGCCUUCCUAGAAGAUUCUCUUCUGAUUGAAUGGUCACAUGGUACUGUCCUAUCUGCCGCCAUGACGGUGGCCUUAAAACGGGUAGAACAAGACAAUAAUUGUAUUGGAUGUCCUAACAAUUAAAGAGUCAAUAUAACCUGUUUUUGGAUUGUCCCCAUGUCCCCCUACCAAAAAUAACACUAAAGUUGGGUUUGAUUAAACCUAUACGCUUUGUGUAUCUGUAAAUGUAUGAAUUCUUUACGAAUCUCUUGUUGGCAGGUGCAGAACCACUGUGUUGAGCUCUGAAGUGAGCCUGGGGUGAGCUAGACUAGCUCAGGAAUCUUAACUUACAGAAACCAUUACCCCUGCAACUGAAAGGCCAAGUUAGGGCGAUGACACGGAGAGUUCAUAGCUGUCAAAUGUGAACAAACAAGUACUUGUAGUACUGUCACUUAUUUAAAGGUGUUCUCAACUUAACAGUGUAAUCAGGCUGUAUUCUGUGUCUUUUCUUUUUUCGUGAGGCUGGGAGCUUGUUCAAGGCCAUCCGUGUGGUAACUUUUGUGUUGGCUGAGUGGCAUCACCAGGAUUGACCUGCUCUUCCCUCCCAUGCAGAUCUUGGCACUAUGUUCACAAGUGCAUGUGAGGGGGCAGAAGAAGGAGUAGGAGAAGACGGAGGAGUACCUUUGCCCCUGAUCGUGAACAUUCUUGCUUUCCUCAGCUUUUUUUGAAAAGUGAGAAGGGAGUUUUUCUUUUCUUUUUUUGUCUUCUCAAGAGAGCCAGACCCAAAAGGAAAUGGUAAACAAGACCUCUGGGUCCCCCUGCUCUCUCCCACCCACAGAGCACCUGUACCUGCAGGCAUUUUCUGAACAGGUGUGCCCACCUGCCAGGCACCACUGCUAAACCAGCUGUCAUAACCUGUGUCAAAACCAGAGUUCAGGGAAUAACCGAAGGGAACAGAGCCAUUUAUAAACUGCUUGCAGACUGUUUCAAAGGAAGUGGUAGCUGUACAAUGUAAAUAAGCCCCCAGCAGAUCCCCCUCACCUGUGCUUCAUGCAUGUGUGAAUCAUACUGGGACAAACACGUUUUAUAGACCACAAAUGUCAGGUAAGUAAAGUUUGAGCUACUCUUGAGAUAUAAUUUCCAUACAAAUGUGCUGUAUCGUUGGUAUUUCUCUUCAAAUGCCUAUUGGAAAAUUUAACUAGUCAGUUGGGAAUUCAAUUCCUGCAAGUAGGGCCUGUCUACAUGUGAUUUCUUGUGGAACGUGUCUGGGUGUAUAGAUUUAAAAAAAGAUAUAUUGUAAAAAAUAAUUAAAAAGAGAUGCAGGCAGAAUCCUACACAGUAUCACACAAUAUCACAGAAACCAGGAGCAUUGAUCAAUACGUCAUUAGAAGUUUAGAAUUGGUCCUCUCUGGUGUUUAGUUGAAAUACAGCUGACUGUUAACAAUGUGUGUGGUAUUCAUACCUCAGUCAGCCAUGUCAAAGCCCAAAGAACUUGAUUUCAUUUUACUCUUUCCAUUGAGGUUGUGCUAUAUAACAAGAUGGAACCUGAAUGCCUCUUUGUGUGUAUAAUUGAUGAGGGUCUUUGUUUUGAUGAGAGAAAUGAUGACAUAUAUGCUUUUAUUUUCGGGUGGGGGGGUCAGGGUUCUUGUUUGUACUUUUGGGUGAUGAUGUUUCUGUUAUAGCACAUCUGUGCAGUAAGUGCUUGCAAACAUGAACCCUUUGAUUGUACAGUAGUUUCCUUCCUGUCACUGCAGGUGGUACAGCCUAUUAGGACAAUUGGCCUCAUGGUCUUCCCUGUCCUAGUCAUGAGGGAACACAGUCCUGCAACUUUUGUUUGGGUUUUAUUUUGGGACUUGACAAAAGUUUAUUUGUUUGAAAAUAAAAUAUGUGACUCAGUUAUGA